AUGCCGCCUGUGCCUGCCGUUCUCUACAGCAACUGCGUCAUGGCGUCGGGGGAUUUAGGGGAGGGAAAGUGCGGGCCCCUGGCGGAGCAUGCCGCCGUGAAGCUCCAGAAGGUCUACCGGAGCUACCGCACCCGUCGAAGGCUGGCCGACACCGCCGUCCUCGCCGAGGAGCUCUGGUGAUGCUUGUCCGGAACUCGCGAGCUCCCCCCAUCUCCCUCCCUCUCUCUCUCUCUCCUUCUCUAUCUGUACUUUUCCGAGGGAACAAUUCCUCAGGGAAAGAGGAGAUUAAGCCGGUUGAUUUCGCCUGAAUCUUGUGCCUCGUGUAUUGGGAAGGUGGCAAGCCAUCGAGUACGUCCGGCUCAACCACAGCACCAUCUCCUUCUUCAACUAUCCGCAGCCGGAGACCGUGCAAUCUCGCUGGAAUCGCGUCAGCUGCAACGCCGCCAAGGUCUCUCCCCCACCUCCACCCGCAACCUCUCAUUCCCAUCCCCCUUCGUCAUCUUCACCUGUGUUACUCGAGUUUUCCCUUUCGUCUAUGAGUUGGUUAACGGGUCUGCUCAAAUCUUACCCCACAGAUCGGGAAGGGUGCGCUGGGAAACAAGAACUCGGUGAAGCUCGCCUUCCAGCACUGGAUUGAAGCGGUGAGAUUCCGCGCAAUCAGAUUCUCUUCUUCUCCUCCUUCCGCUUCUUCUUGGAUCAUCCCCCUAUUCUGGGCGUAGCUUCUCCCGAGAUUUGGUUUCCUUUUGAUGAAGCCAACGACUCAUCGCCCCGUUUCUAUCUGGUUGCCGGAGGACAGAUCGAUCCAAGGCACCGCUACGGCCACAACCUGCACUUCUACUACGAGCGAUGGUGCGAGAGCACCGAUGGCCAACCCUUCUUCUUCUGGUGGGUACAGAUCCGAGACAAUCUCUCUCUCUCUCUCUCUCUCUCUCUCCCUACAGCUUCUUUUUCUUCACCGGAUUCCUGAUGUGUAGCCACUUUUGCUAUCAAUCCAGGCUGGACGCCGGCGACGGCAGAGACGUGGACCUCAGAGAGUGCCCGAGAUCGGUCCUCCGAGAACAGUGCAUCCUGUACCUCGGCCCUGUAAGUCGACCGUUCAACCACGGCUCUGGGUUCUGUUUGAACUGGCGGCGCCUGCUGUGAAGAGCAGCAGCACCCACCAUUAGAAAUCAAUCCCCCACCCACUCAACGAAUUUGGCUGUUCGAUUCCUCGCAGCAAGAGAGAGAACACUACGAGUACGUUCCCAGAGGAGGAAAACUCGUCCACAUGCAGACGGGAGAGCUCCUCGAGACGACCGCGGGGCCCCAGAAGGGGAAGUGGAUCUUCGUGAUGAGCACCUCGAAGAGACUCUACGCCGGCCGGGUAACCCCGAAGAAAAAUUUAACGGGAGAUCCUCCCGUGCUCUUCUUGGAUUAUUAGCUUCGACGAUUUUUCUCACAGAGAGCUGUCGCGUUGCAGAAGAAAAAGGGGCGCUUUCACCACUCCAGCUUCCUGGCGGGCGGCGCCACCCUGGCCGCCGGAAGGCUUGUUGCAGAGGCGGGAAUUCUCAAGGUCGGCAUCCCUCGUUCAUCGUGUCGGUCUACUUCAGUAAGAACUCAUCGCAAUUCUUAUCUGAUCGGAAGCUCGGAUUUUUCCUGCCGGGCAGGCCAUCUGGGCGUACAGCGGGCACUACCGACCGUCGCGGGAGAACCUCAACAACUUCCUGGACUUCCUCAAGGAGAACGGAGUCCCCGUUGACGAGGAACAGGUGACCCAUUUCUCCAACCUUCGAGUCUCAUCCGAAUCCCUCCGGGUGCCCACAUUGAUCUCGCCCAACUCCAGGUUUGCUCGUGCUCCAACGAGGAGUACGAGGAUCCAAAGCCGGCCGAGGAGGCGACGCCCGCCGAGGCGCCCGCGGCGGAGCCGGAGGAGGAGGCGGCGCCGCCCGCCCUUCCGCCGCUCCUUCAAAUCCCGGAGGGCAUGUCGGCGUUACGAGUGGAGCUGGCGCUGCCAGUCCCAGAAGACGGGUACAAGAGGACGCUCUCGGGGAGGUUCCUGUCGGGGGGAAUUCAGAGCCCGCGGGCGGCGGUGCCUCAGAAUGUCAUACUGAAGAGGAUAAACUCGAGGAAGGAGGCGACGUCGUACCAGCUGGGCCACCAGCUCUCCCUGAAAUGGAGCACCGGCGCCGGCCCGAGGAUCGGCUGCAUCGCCGACUACCCCACGCAAGUCAGGAAGCAGGCGCUGGAGAUCCUCAACCUCUCCCCCAGGGCCCCAGCUCGCACCCCGCAGCGCGGCUCCUCCUCCCAGCCCCCCAGCUCCCCCCUCGCCGCCCCCCCCCGGUCAUGA